AGGUCAAGGGCUUAAUAAUAUCACACUUUAGGCCUCUUACUCUCCUCCCAGCACCUAUUUCCCCUAACAGUAGUCCCCCUCACAUGGUCACAAAGGACUUAAUAGUUACAGUGCCCAGGUGUGAUGCAGGAUAGGUGGAGGCUGCCCAAGUCCACUCAGGAGCUGCACUGACAGCAUGAUGAGGAGCAAAAUGAAGCCACUUAGGCUUAAAGCAAGAGUCUCCUGUGAGGCGAGGAACUGGACUGCAGCUGGGAGCUCCUACAGACCAGCAUCCCUCUGCAAUGCCACAAAGGGAGGACACUUAAACACACAGCGCUGGCUUACCACAGCUUAAUCAGAGAGACGGAAAGUCAGUUUGUCUGCUCUGUCUUGGAGGGUUUAAAAGGCCAAUCAAUGUAACAUCAAGCUGUGUAUGAGGACACAGUCUGUGCUUCGAGGACUUUUUCGUACAGGAGACACACACCAUACAUGGUGCAACCAGAGUACCGAAUAUAUGAAAUGAACAAGAGGCUGCAGUCGCGGACGGAGGAUAGUGACAACCUCUGGUGGGAUGCCUUUGCAACUGAAUUUUUUGAAGAUGAUGCAACUUUAACACUUUCAUUUUGUUUGGAAGAUGGACCAAAGCGAUACACAAUUGGAAGAACCCUCAUUCCUCGUUAUUUUAGCACUGUCUUUGAAGGAGGUGUAACAGACCUGUAUUACAUUCUCAAGCACUCAAAAGAGUCAUACCACAACUCAUCCAUCACAGUGGACUGUGAUCAAUGCACCAUGGUCACUCAGCAUGGAAAACCCAUGUUUACCAAGGUAUGCACAGAAGGACGUCUUAUCUUGGAGUUUACUUUUGAUGACCUUAUGAGAAUAAAAACAUGGCACUUUACUAUUAGACAAUACAGAGAAUUAGUCCCACGCAGCAUUCUAGCCAUGCAUGCACAAGACCCUCAGGUGCUGGAGCAGCUGUCCAAAAACAUCACUCGAAUGGGUCUGACAAACUUCACCCUCAACUACCUCAGGUUGUGUGUUAUACUGGAGCCAAUGCAGGAACUGAUGUCAAGACAUAAAACUUACAAUCUAAGUCCUCGAGACUGCUUGAAGACUUGCUUAUUUCAAAAAUGGCAGAGAAUGGUGGCCCCACCAGCAGAACCCACAAGACAACCAACAACCAAACGGAGGAAAAGGAAAAACUCUACCAGCAGCACUUCCAACAGCAGUGCUGGGAACAACGCAAACAGUACCAACAGCAAGAAAAAGUCAGCUGCUGCAAACCUGAGUCUAUCAAGUCAGGUACCUGAUGUGAUGGUGGUAGGAGAACCAACUCUGAUGGGAGGCGAAUUCGGGGAUGAAGACGAAAGGCUUAUCACUAGAUUAGAGAAUACACAGUAUGAUGCAGCAAAUGGCAUGGAUGAUGAAGAAGAUUUCAACAAUUCACCUGCACUGGGAAAUAACAGCCCAUGGAACAGCAAACCUGCUGCUAACCAGGAGACUAAAUCUGAAAACCCCACACCACAAGCUUCCCAAUAGGUCACUCUGCAGCAGUGCCCACUGCAAUGUACCCCAGUGGGUUAUUAAUUACUGUUUCACAGCAUUCUUCAAAAUAAAAUUUAAAAGAAACACCUUUCAAAUGAUACAGUAUCUAUUUCUAAACUAAAGCUAUCCAACUCUUUUCGUUAGGGAAAACUCUUGUAUAAGCUUCCAUAUACAUUCCUUGGAAGUAUUGUCAUACAACUAGAUACUGGCACUGACCUCAAUUAAAAUAAUUGAAAAUUAUACAGCAUCUCAUGGCAAAUUUCUGACAGUGCAUUUUAUUGGAAGGGGUUGUUUUUUUCCUCAUCAAACAAUGGCCAUAUUUUAACAAGUCAUCAGUGCUCAGGAUCUCAUUAACAUAACUAUGUAAAACUUUUUACAAUUGUAAUAUAUUUUCUGCUUUUCAACUUGCACCUGAAAUUUCUUGUUUCAGAAAAAGAUCAGCUUUUAAGGAAAAGUAAAGUAACUUUUGUUCAUUCUUUAACUUUUCUUUCAUCAGUUAAUCAUUUAAAGGAUCCAGCAUUUUUAAUUUACAUUUAGCUGAUGCCAGUAGAUAUUCUAUCCAUCAUUUAAUAAAAAAUACUGAAACAAGAAAUGUCUUUUUUUCAUCAAAGACAUGAGAAAUAUUUUUAUGUGGAAAAAGACACCCAGUCCUAUGAGAGUUUAUGCUUUGUAAAAUUGCUGUCGAUCCAGAUAUUUUAAAGCCAUGUAAUCCAUUAACUUUGUGGGCAGCUUAAUAAAUCUAAAACUUUUGUGUUUUUAUUAUUGUAUCUGAGUUGGCUUUGUUGUUAUUUCUUUUCAUAGUAUAUUUCUUGUAUAAUAUUUUUGUAAAGCCCUCAUUUUCUUUGUUUUACUUUUUCAUUUUGUUUUGUUUUUUAUUCUGGUGUAUUUAUGUGAAACUUUAUAAAAGAAACUAAUUUUUUUUCAUUUACAUAUUAAUAUGUUCAACUCAUCAUGUAAAGACACAGUGAGUCAGUGUGUUAUAUAAUACAACUGUAUUUUAUGUAUGCUUUGCCAAUAAGUGUGCCAAUAAACUGUGUUAACAA